AUCACUGUCCAAUCGGAGGUAUGAGCCCCUGGCGGCAGCCAUGUCAUGUGGGCCAUGCGGAUUACAUCCUCUAAUCUGCCUGUCAUGAAAAUCCAAGCACAGAUGUAAAAGAAAAGGCAUCAUGGAAUAACACACGGAUGGCUUGAUGUUGGACCCAAGAUGGGAAAAGACUGAAUUAACUCCACGGUGAGCGGCAGGCGUUAAUGAGCAUGGGUGAGCCAGACACCAGAGAGAAUCCGCUAUGGCUCAGACUGGACAUUCCCAUCAUCCAGUUGACACCCGAUGACACGUCUACUCAUAAGGAGCCACUAAAACGCCAGCGCAGUGUCAGCACGCCGGGAGCAAAUUCUCAGGCCUGCCAUGCUGCCUUAGAAACAUCUAAAAACUACCUCAGACCUCCACUGGAGAGAAUGCCGUCCUUCGCACAAUCCAAGGGGUUAGACACACCCUCACACUACCAAACUGUCUCCUCUGCAAAUUUUGUUUUACGAAACGCUUUUUCUUAUGCCUAUGUCAGUGUGUCCUGCUUUCAUUUCUGUGUUGUCCUUGAUAUUUUUUUUUCUGCCUUCUCUUUUUUUUCACAAAGUGAGUGUAGUGAGAAAAAAGUACACUUUGAGAGAGUCAACACAAUUCCCCCUAAGGGUCAGAGGUGCCCUAGGAGGGUGUCCACUGUCCGAAGACGGUCUUGCAUCCCCAAAAUACUGACUCAACGACGGUCAUCAAUACCCAAACAGAUUAUCAGGGGUACGGCAGACUGGUUCGGGGUGAGCAAGGACAGAGACAGCACCCAGCGAUGGAGGAGGAAGAGCGUGCAGCACUGCAGCCAACUCUACGGGGGCCUAAAGGCUCAGGUGAUGAGGAGUAUGGAGCUACCCAGCCAGGACAACAUCUCACUGGCCAGCACCGAGACCUCUCCUCCCCUUUACCUCCUACCCCACCAUCCCAGUCACCAUCGCUAUGGCAUGCAGAGGAUUGUGGACCCCCUGGCUCGAGGUCGUGCCUUCCGUUUGGCGGAAGAGGUAGACUUAAACGUACUGCCAACUCCUGUCACCCCAUGUGGCGCCUCGCUCUGCUCCUUUUCCAGCUCCCGAUCAGCCCUCAGCAGGUUGCCACGGCGACGCAAACGGGAAUCCGUCGCUGUCAUGAGCCUUAAAGCUGCUGCGGCACUAAUGAAGGGCCGCACAGUAGGUGAAAGCACCACAGGUCGAUGUCGAAUGCGGAGUUUCCUGCCCCCUGGUUUCUUUGAAGACGAUCCUGUGGACUUUCCUGAUGAUCUGGAUACAUCUUUCUUCAAUGGAGAGGGCCUGCAGGAUGAACUGUCCAGUUACGCCGAUGAGGUUUUUGAGACGGUAUCAGAGGCUGCACGUCAAAUGGUUGAUGAGGGCGAGCUCACAGGAAGUGCGUUGAAUAGGAACGAACUGGAGAGGAGUCACCUGAUGCUGCCAUCAGAGCGAGGAUGGCGCAAAGCGAAAGAUGGCUCGCCAGUCCAACCUAAGGUGCAUUUGAAUCAAGACGUGGUGAGUCAACAGCGCGGACAAAGAAUCGCAGUUCCUGUUAAAAAGCUGUUUGCCCGAGAGAAGAGGCCUUACGGGCUCGGCAUGGUCGGCCGCCUUACCAACCGAACAUACCGCAAGCGCAUCGACAGCUUCGUCAAGAGGCAGAUUGAAGACAUGGACGACCACAGGCCUUUCUUUAGCUACUGGAUCACAUUUGUGCAUUUACUCAUCACCGUUCUGGCUGUCACCAUCUACGGCAUCGCUCCUGUGGGCUUCUCACAACAUGAAACCGUUGAUUCAGUGUUACGGAACAAGGGGGUGUACGAAAAUGUGAAAUUUGUGCAGCAAGAAAAUUUCUGGAUUGGUCCAAGCUCAGAGGCGCUGAUUCAUUUGGGAGCAAAGUUUUCCCCGUGCAUGCGUCAGGAUCAGGAGAUCCACAGGCUGGUCCAAGAGAAGAGGGCUAAAGAAAGAGAGUCAGGAUGCUGCGUGAGGAACGAUCGCUCUGGCUGCUUACAGACCUCUCAAGACGAGUGCUCAACCACCUUGGCAUUGUGGGUAAAGUGGCCUCAACACCCCAGUGCUACUUAUCUGAAUAAUAAACCACGCCAAUACGGUGCAGUCUGCCAUCAGGAUCCCAGGAUUUGUCAGGAGCCUGCCUCUGUUUCGCCUCAUGAGUGGCCUGAAGACAUCACCAAGUGGCCAAUUUGCACAAGGUACAAUUUUGGGAAUCACACCAACCUCCCCCACAUUGACUGUACCAUCACGGGCCGGCCCUGCUGCAUCGGAACCAAAGGACGGUGUGAAAUCACUUCCAGAGAGUAUUGUGAAUUUAUGCAUGGCCACUUCCAUGAAGAAGCCACUCUCUGCUCACAAGUUGCCUGCAUGGAUGAUGUGUGCGGUCUGCUUCCUUUCCUCAACCCAGAAAUCCCAGACCAGUUCUCCCGACUGUGGCUGGCCCUCUUUCUUCAUGCUGGGGUCCUACAUUGUCUGGUGUCAGUGUUAUUCCAAAUGACCAUACUUAGAGAUCUGGAGAAGCUGGCUGGCUGGCUGCGAAUCUCCAUCAUCUACAUGCUUAGUGGCAUCACAGGCAACUUGGCCUCGGCCAUUUUUCUGCCCUACAGGGCGGAGGUGGGUCCUGCUGGUAGUCAGUUUGGCAUCCUGGCGUGUCUCUUUGUGGAGCUCUUUCAGAGCUGGCAGAUCCUUGAGAGGCCAUGGCGGGCGUUUGCGAAGCUGUCUGCCAUCUCAGUGUUCUUCUUCUCUUUUGGCUUGCUUCCUUGGAUUGACAACUUUGCCCAUAUCUGUGGUUUUGUCUCAGGAUUUUUCCUAUCCUUUGCCUUCCUGCCUUACAUCAGCUUUGGGCGCUUAGAUAUGUACCGCAAGAGGGUCCAGAUCUGCAUAUUCCUGUUGGUGUUCCUCGGUCUCGUCUCAACCUUGGCUGUCCUUUUCUAUGUUUAUCCUGUGAAGUGCGAUUGGUGCGAAUACCUCACCUGCAUCCCAAUCACAGACGAGUUUUGCGAGAAGUACGACCUGAACGCAAACAUCCUUUAACCAACGUGG